CGUCACAGCACGGCGCCGGCUUGUGAAGAUGGCGGCGGCCGAGUGAGGCGAGAGACGCAGGUCCUGUGGUUGGAUUGGCAUCAUCCCAGGCAGGAGAGGCAGCUCCUGUUAGUAUAGACCCGUGCCUUGCUCUUGAUCCCUGGUCUUAGUCGGGUUGGUCGUGUGGAUCUAUAGUGCUCCUUACAGUCUGUCGUUAUCCUUGGCAACGGAAGACUUGAGGAGGAACUGUCGUCGGCAGCAGUGCAAUGGCUCAGUUUCCAGGGCAGAAUGCUCUUCCUGGUGUUCAGAAUUUAAAAGCGGAUCCCGAGCAACUAUUCACAAAACUGGAGAAAAUCGGCAAAGGCUCCUUUGGGGAAGUUUUUAAAGGAAUAGACAACCGGACUCAAAAAAUUGUGGCCAUAAAAAAUAUUGAUCUUGAAGAAGCUGAAGAUGAAAUUGAAGAUAUCCAGCAGGAAAUCACUGUGCUGAGUCAAUGUGAUAGUCCGUAUGUUACUAAAUACUAUGGAUCUUACCUGAAAGAUACAAAAUUAUGGAUUAUAAUGGAAUAUCUAGGUGGUGGCUCUGCUUUAGAUUUGCUGGAACCUGGAUCACUGGAUGAAUACCAGAUUGCAACAAUACUAAGGGAAAUCCUAAAAGGUCUUGAAUAUUUGCACUCAGAGAAAAAAAUCCACAGAGAUAUCAAAGCGGCCAACGUCUUGCUAUCGGAGCAAGGUGAAGUGAAGCUGGCGGAUUUUGGAGUGGCUGGGCAGCUGACGGACACGCAGAUAAAGAGAAAUACUUUUGUGGGUACGCCGUUCUGGAUGGCACCUGAAGUUAUCAAGCAGUCAGCUUAUGAUUCCAAGGCUGACAUCUGGUCUUUGGGAAUAACUGCAAUAGAGCUCACAAAAGGAGAACCACCGCAUUCAGAGCUGCAUCCAAUGAAAGUUUUAUUUCAUAUUCCAAAGAACAAUGCGCCAACGUUGGAGGGAAAUUACAGCAAGUCUUUAAAAGAAUUUGUGGAAGCAUGCUUGAAUAAAGAACCAAGUUUUAGACCAACAGCAAAAGAGUUGCUGAAGCACAAGUUUAUAUUACGAAACUCCAGAAAGACCUCCUACUUGACAGAACUGAUUGACCGGUACAAGCGGUGGAAGGCGGAACAGAACCACGAGGACUCCAGCUCGGGUGAAUUAGACUCGGAAGCUGAAAGACAGGCAUCAGGAGGGGAGGAUACAAGUGACUGGAUCUUUACAAUCAAAGAGAACGACCCAACCAAACUACAAAAUGGAGCAGGUCAGCUUGACAGCCUCAGCGAGAGUGAUCAGGUCCAAGAUGCUCCAAAGCAAUCACAGUCUCAAUGUUUACCGACAAUUAUUUCUCCAUUAUUUACUGAGCUCAAGGAGAAGAUCCAGGCAGGUGGAGGCUACACUGAAGCUGUUGACGAACUGAGAGAGGCCUUUUUCCUGGCAGAAGAAGCUUGUCCGGGCAUUUCUGAUGCACUUGUGAACCAACUUGUGCAAAGACUUCAGAGAUAUUCAUUAAGUGGGGCCAGUUCUUCCAACUGAAGGUGAAUGUUCAUUUCUGGAAAGAUGAUGCCGCUGAGACUACGUUGGUGCUCUUAACAGUGAUCACAUCCAACAACCUUACAAGAUGUUAUAGGUUAUCCCCUGGACAAACAGCGCCAAAAGUCUCUCAGAGCAAAUUAUCAGCCAGUUUAUGCUGCUUGAAGCUGUUAGUUUUUAUCAAUUUCUACCAUAGUGCACAUUUUCAGGUGGGAUGAACUGCCUACCAAUUUUUUUUUUUAAGUUUUGUUUUAUAUCCCAAAUUGUAUAUUUAGGACUGAGAUUCGGAAAGUGAAGCCUCUGCAGUGCCUCAGGUAACCUGCUUAACGUUGAUUAUAACUGGGAGAUGGAGAGGUUCUCAUUAGCUUGUGUACAUUUGUGUAUAUAGAAUCAUUUUUACUGAAGGUGCAGAUCAUGAGCGCGCAUUGGGAGCAUAAUUGACUUAUUGUACAGCCUCAGGGUCUGAAAUGACCUGCUUCUACUCAGUUCUCAGGUGGCUCGAGACCCAUGAGGGAUCUGAUGACUCCACCGUAGGUGGGUCAGGGAGCGCUUGAUGGAGAGGGGAGGGGUUGGGUAGUUCGGGUGUUGUUUGCUCCUUCUGCUGUUUGUGCUUGGCCUCCAUUCGUUCCUGUCAUUGAGACUUAAGGUGUUUAGUGCCUUCCCGGAUGCUGCUUCAACAAACUUGAGCGGCAUGGUAACUGUAUAAAUCACAUCAACAACCAAUUGCUUAUGUGGACUUUGUUCUGUGGAUGAAACUUCGAAAGGGCCAUUGUUAAAUAUUACCUGUAUAGAUCGAAUAAUGUUCUGGUGACUAUUUAGUUGUUUUCUGGACCUUGCCAUUUUUGUAAUUACACUGUCCAACUUGGAUGAUCUUGGGUCACUUUUUAGUAGUUUCUCAUUUCCAUCUGGCCCAACUCAAUUACUUUUUGAAAUCUAGCACCCUUAGAUGACAAGAGAUGAACAGCUCCAUCUGAGUUGUGUUUGUUACCUUGCAAGAGUUCAGAAUGACAAAUGAUGUUUUCUUUGAUCUUUCACUGGGUUUUCAAAGCAAUUCAAGCAAAAUUGGAAAUGACCAGUUGUCACCUUGCUAUUCUUAGUAAGUUGCAUCUUUGAUGAGAUAACCAUAGUUGCCAAGAUGAUAUCUGUCCCUUCAAGAAGCAUUUAGUCUGGAUCUUAGAGACUUCCUUGUAUGUCUCAGAAUAAAUAAUCCAGUGUGUCCUUUUACAUCAGUUUAAGUUUUGAGCUGGUGAGGUAACUUCUGUAGAAGAUUAAUUGUCAACUUCUAGGCAAAUAGAUUGGAAAGAUUAUUUUCUGCAUCAGAAAGUUAGAUUCUCUUGUGUUUUAGAGUGUGUGCCAGCACCUGGCUUCAGAUGUUUCAGACUGUUACAUUGCUAUUAAUUUGCAGUAGUAAAUGUCAAGCUAAUGAGGGAGAGAGGCUUCAGGAGCUCAACAAUGUUGAAUCAAGCUAAACAGGCCAAAUCACACAUUGUGUGCGCCAGAAAGCAUUGAUCAGUCAAGAGCUACUUGAACAUCAGAAAAGUUGUAGAUGCAGGGAAUCUCAAAAUAAAAAUAUGACACUGCGAACACGCAGCAGAUCUGGCAGCUUUGAUGGGAAGAGAAGCUGUUAGCAUUUCAGUUUUGGGAUCUUUUGGCAGAACUGAGUAAGAGAGAAGGCGGGUAGAGAGGUAGGGGUGGGCAUUUUCUCAGAAGGGUGAAAUAUGGCUAUUGAGGGACUGUUAAUCUACUUUGUGUAAUAGAUUGCUGAUAUUGUAACAUUGGUAUAUAGCAUAAUUAGAACAAACUGUACAAAUGUAAGAGGAAAGGGUGUGUUGGCAACCAAAAAUGGCCAGUUCUGAUACAAGCUGAAAGAGGAUUUUUGGAAGAUGGAGAAUUGGAUCGUGUGCCUAGAUGAAACAUGAGGUGAUUUUCCUCAAACUUGCAAUAGAUCUCAUUAUCAACCUCCAUAAAUCAAAGCUUUCGCAGAAUUGCUAAACCUUUAAACCUGGUUUAAAGCAUAAUUCCCAUCCCUAUAAAUAAUUGAUUUUUAUCUCUGAUCCUUAAAGGAAUUUAGAGAAACAACACAGAGUAGGCCUUUCUGACCCCUUGAGCUGUACUGCCCAGCAAACCCCGACAACCCCGACUUAAUCAUAACCUGUUUGCAGGACAAUUUACAAUGACCAAUUAACCCAUCUGGUACGUCUUUGGACUGUGGAAGGAACCCGGAGGAAACACACAUAUUUCACAGGGAGGAUGUACAGAGGCUCCUUACAGAGGAUGCUGGAAUUGAACUCCGUACUCCAUCCUGAGUCGUGAUAGUGUUGUGCUAACUGGCACCCACGAAUGUACAUCAGAGCUCGGCUUGUUCAUUGGGCUGCAAGACUAAGAGGAAAAUUUUGCUUGAUGUUCCUUCAUUUGAUGGUAUACCCAACUUAAAAAAAAAAACCAGAAUGAUGCAAAUACUCAGCUUUUGUGGGAAGCAAAACAGAAUCACCAUUUCCCUUGUCAAUUCUUUGACAAAUUUUCACAUUUACAACCUUAUUUGUCAGAUGCAUAAGUGAAAGCUUGGUAUUUGUGUGACUGAUGCACUCCACUGUUCUAACUUGCCACAUGCUUGUAACAUUCUUACUAUGCAAUAGAACCAAAGAGUCCUGGAUUCAGGAUCCUUCCUGAAGGGUUUAUGUUGUAUAACUAACACAGUAAACUUCCCAAGUGUUUUGCAUAUCAGAGUCUCUUUGAGACUACCUGCAAACAACUCAUGCAGCUUUAAUUGGUUGAAAGGAGUAUCUGAAGUACAAUGUUUAAUCUAUAGUUGUGCCAGUGUAAAUAUUCAAUUUUUGUUGGAUUAUGCCUGAGAGAAUUUACUAUGUCUACAGCUUUGGCAUCUUGCAUCCCAAUUCUAAUGUUUCAGAUGAAGUCCAACGUCACUUUUGACCAUUAAAAAUGCAACUUUGGGAUGUUUAAAGUUUGCGAAUUUCUACAAUCAAUAUUCCGGCCCAGAUCAGGUUAUGUUUUAUUCCAUCAUGUAAUCACUUUGAUUUGUACUGAAGACAAAGAGGAAACCAAUUCCUGCUUCCACUCAUUGCUGCAAAGCAAUUCUGCUGUGUGUUCAUUCCUUUAGCCAGUUAGUAAAAUCACAGUGUAAUAUUUCAUAAACAUCAGAGCUAGCGCUUCUGUUGAUUGAGUGAGCUAGUUGGUAUUGGACCAUCUUGUGCACUAAUUAGAAAAGUUAGUGAAUCACCAGAAGGCAGUGAGUAGUAAUAAUGUAUGCUGGCUGCAUUGUGAUUGCCUACCUGAUAGAAUAGGCCACGAGGUACUACUUAUAGAUCCACUUUUGUAAAGAGUGUUAAACAAUCUGUCAUCACAGAUUAUAGUGUUUGCAUUAAGUUCUGUUAUUUAAAGAUGCAUAUUUCCCUAUUUGUUUGCACUAUAUAAUUGGCCAUUUUAAAGAAGUAAGGUGACAUUAGACCUUGUGUAGUAAUUAAGAUCUUCAGUCUUGUCACCGUUUCCAUUACAGAAGUGCCAUGGCUCAGUCUACCCCCUUUACUGCGGUGGUGUGCUGCACUUUCCCUGUUUAGUUUGUAUUACCUGGCUGCACUUUUGAAAGUAUUUUUAUUUUAAUAUUUCAAACAUGGUACAUGGAUUGCAGUUUUUGUACCUGUUCUCUCCAGCUAACUGCAAAUAUUUUACAAUCAAAAGGAAUCUGUAAUUAGUGUAUUUUGUGCACAUAAUGGCAAUAAAGUAGUAAGGUCAUCAGAAAAUGUUCUUAAACACAGGUACAUUGUUCGGAAUGAUUCAAUUAAAAAGACAAUAUUUUUAUAAUUGUGUGUAAAGAGCUAGUGUUGCAGUAAAUCUGGUCCUUUAAGAUGUUUAAUAAUGACAGGAUACUUAAUAAAGAUGCUAAUUAAAUGUGUAAAUUUCAUUUUAUGUAACAUUGCUGACAGUUUAUAGUCUUGUAUAUAAUCCUUGCUUCUGUCAUUCAACACAAUGUACUGAAAUUCUCUGUAAGCUUUUAAGUGAUUUUAAAUAAAAGGUGAAUUCUGA